AUGAAAAUCAAAACAAUCAAGAGGAGUUCAGAUGACUAUGUUCCUGUAAAGAGCACCCAAGAAUCUCAGUUACCUCGUAAUUUAAAUCCUGAAUUACAUCCUUUCGAAAGAGCCCGUGAAUACACAAAGGCUCUUAAUGCCACUAAACUGGAAAGAAUGUUUGCUAAACCAUUUAUUGGUCAGCUAGGAUAUGGCCAUAGAGAUGGUGUUUAUGUUAUUGCCAAAAAUUAUAACAAUUUGAAUAAGUUAGCUACCGGCUCUGGUGAUGGUGUUAUUAAAUAUUGGAAUAUGUCUACUCGUGAAGAAUAUGUUUCAUUUAAAGGUCACUACGGUAUGGUGGCAGGUCUUUGUGUAACUCCACAAAUCCAAACUUUAAAAAACCAAAAUUUCAUGUUAUCAUGUGGUGAUGAUAAGACCAUUAAAUUAUGGUCUAUCAACAAUGAUGAUUUUAGUAAUAUAAAAUCUGAUGAGGAAUUGAUAACAUCAAUCAACGGUUCAGGUGCUUUAAUAAAAACAUUCUAUGGUGACCAUGCAUUCCAAGGUAUUGAUCAUCAUAGGUCAAACUCCACUUUUGUGACAGGUGGUGCACAGAUCCAGCUUUGGGAUUCUCAAAGGUCCAAACCACUGUCCAAUCUUUCAUGGGGUGCAGACAACAUUACAUCAGUUAAAUUUAAUCAAAAUGAACUUGAUAUAUUUGCUAGUAGUGGUAGUGAUAAUUCUAUCGUUCUAUAUGAUAUAAGAACAAAUUCACCAACUCAGAAGAUUGUUCAGACAAUGCGAACCAAUGCUAUAUGUUGGAAUCCAAUGGAGGCAUUCAAUUUUGUCAUAGCAAAUGAAGAUCAUAACGCCUAUUAUUAUGAUAUGAGAAAUAUGUCCCGUGCAUUAAAUGUGUUUAAAGAUCAUGUUAGUGCAGUUAUGGAUGUUGAUUUCUCACCAACCGGUGAUGAAAUUGUGACUGGUUCCUAUGAUAAAACGAUUAGAAUAUACAAAACUAAUCAAGGCCAUUCAAGAGAAAUUUAUCACACAAAAAGAAUGCAACAUGUGUUCCAAGUUAAAUAUUCAAUGGAUUCCAAAUAUAUUGUAAGUGGGUCUGAUGACGGUAAUGUUAGAUUAUGGAGAAGCCAAGCCUGGGAGAGAUCCAAUGUCAAAACUACAAAGGAAAGAACUAAAUUAGAAUAUGAUGCUAAAUUAAAAGAAAGAUAUAAGUUUAUGCCCGAAAUCAGAAGAAUAUCAAGACAUAGACACGUUCCAAAGGUUAUUAAAAAAGCGCAAGAGAUUAAGAAUAUUGAAUUAAGUUCUAUCAAAAGAAGAGAAAUGAAUGAAAGACGUACCAGAAAAAAUAAAGAAUUUGUUCCAGAAAGAAAAAAGCAAAUUGUUGGUACUGUUUUUAAAUACGACGAUAAAAAGCAUACAAAAAGUAACAAUGAAAAUAAUGAUAAUUAA